UUAAAAAAAUAACAAUAGGAGAGAAAAAGAUGAACAUGAACAAAACUCCAGUGGCAAAAGACAAGAAAAGUAAAACAAAGAGCGGCAAAGAAAAGAUACCAGAGCAUUCUUACGAGGAAGUGCGACUCCCGCCGCCGAAGAUGUUCCAAGACGAGCCCCCGCCUCCAGAAGCAUUCAGAGAUCCAGCCCCAGCCCCCGCCCCGGUUCCGAUGGUCGACAACCCGCUCUACCACGUUUACGAAACCGUGAAGCGCGCCAGGAGUCCAAAGCAGAACAAAACCGCCCCUUGCAGCCCCCAGAGGAGCCGCGACAGGGUUGAAAGGGAACGAGAGAGCGUCUACGCGAGGGACUUUUGUCUGGACUGCUACCAAGAAGGCAAAGAGCUGCUCCAGUCGACGCAGGACGACGUCAUUAACUUCAAAAAGUGCAAGGAGGAGUUCAAAAGGCAGAUGAGCUUCUCCGGGAAAAUGUACAGCGACUACACCGGCGUGGCCAGCAGCCUUCCUUACUUCAACAUCAGCGACGAGUACAGGAUAUUCUCUCCCGAGGGACCUCAUCUUAUUAUUUGCGUUCAUGGGCUGGAAGGGAACGCUGCUGACUUGAGACUCGUUAAAACUUAUCUUGAGCUCGGGUUACCCGGGGCUCAUUUGGAUUUUCUUAUGUCUGAAAGAAAUCAGGGUGAUACAUUUUCGGAUUUCGACACAAUGACUGACCGACUGGUGGAGGAGAUCCUCCACCACAUAGACACAUCAGGAUUAAACCCCACGAAAGUAAGUUUCAUUGGGCACUCACUGGGGACCAUAAUAAUACGCAGUGCAUUAACGAGGCCACAACUGAGGCCACUGUUGCCGAGACUCCACACAUUUCUCAGUCUAAGUGGACCACAUCUAGGAACUCUCUACAACACGAGUGGACUUGUCAAUGCCGGAAUGUGGUUCAUGCAGAAAUGGAAAAAGUCCGGAUCUCUGCUGCAGCUCGCAAUGAAGGAUGCUUCAGAUGUUAGGAGAUCUUUCAUGUUCCGACUGAGUCAGAAGAGCAACUUGCAGAGGUUUAAACACGUCUUGCUCUGUGGUAGUGCUCAGGAUAGAUACGUUCCUCUCCACUCGGCCCGGAUCGAGCUCUGCAAAGCUGCCGUACGUGAUCCAACUGACCAAGGUACCGCGUACAGAGAAAUGGUCCACAAUAUUUUGUACCCUAUAAUGUCAGCCUCAGGUGUCAGUCUCGUACGCUAUGAUGUCCAUCAUGCAUUACCACCAACGGCAAACGCAUUGAUUGGACGCGCUGCUCAUAUCGCCGUCCUUGACUCUGAAUUAUUUAUUGAGAAGUUCCUUCUUGUCGCGGGACUCAAGUACUUCAGAUAA